AUGCAAUCGUUCAUUAUUUUUGUCCUCCUUCUUGAUUUUAUUUCUCCUUGUCUAUGUACAAGAUUGAAUAUUGGAACACAAAAUGGUAUUUAUAAUGUAAUGAAUUAUGGUGCACAUGGCGAUGGAAAAUCUGAUGAUACACAAGCAUUUGCAAGUACAUGGAGCAAUGUGUGCAAUUCAGUAGGGAUGUCAACACUAGUUAUACCAGCAAAAAAAACAUUCUUGGUGACAAAGUUACACUUCAGCGGUCGUUGCAAAGGCAAAAUUCACAUUCAGUUUGAAGGGAAAAUAGUUGCACCAUCUAGAGAAGCAUGGAAAGCUGGGGAAAGUUUGAUUUCCAUCGAGAAUUUAAAUGGACUCACAAUUGACGGCAAUGGCCAAGGAGGAGCCGAUGGAGGUGGUUCAACAUGGUGGCAAUGUUCUGGUUGUCAACGACCUGGGGUCUUGCAUUUUCAUUCUUGCAAUGAUCUUAGUGUUAGUAACAUAAAGAUCACUAAUAGCCCAAGAAGUCAUGUAUCGGUUAAUAUGUGCAAUGGUGCAACAUUUUCUCAUAUAUCCAUAGAUUCCCCUCCUACUAGCCCCAACACUGAUGGCUUUGACAUUUCUUUUUCUAGUAAUAUCUUAGUAAAAGAUUCCAACAUAAAAUCUGGUGAUGAUUGUAUUGCCAUCAAUGGUGGCUCCUCUUUUAUCAAUGCUACUGGGGUUACUUGUGGACCAGGACAUGGGAUAAGUGUUGGCAGUCUUGGUAAAACAAGACCUAAUGAUCAAGUUUCUAAUGUUAAUGUACGGAAUUGCACCUUCAUCGGGACUUCAAAUGGAGGAAGAAUAAAGACAGCUCCGGGAGGUUCGGGUUAUGCAAAACAUAUUACAUUUGAAAAAAUCAUUCUAGUUAAUGUUAAGAACCCAAUAAUUAUAGAUCAGCAUUAUCUUCAAGAUAUGGAGCUGGAUACAGAUGUUUCGGUAAGUGAUGUAACAUAUCGAGGAGUUUAUGGAACUUGUGAUGGCAACAUAGCUGUUAAUUUAGAUUGUAGCUCCAAGGUUUCAGCUAUUUGUCACAAUGCCUAUGGAACUGCUACAAACACCAUUCCAAGUGUCCCUUGCCUACUUCAUUAA